AGGAAGUGGAUGGAGAGAGUAUGUGAUAGGGUAAGUAGUGAGAGAAUGGAAAGAAUAAAGAUGGUUAGAGAAACAUAGAAACCUUCCUUGUUUGGCAAUCUAUCUUGGAACUUGGUCUCCUUUCUUUCCUUAUUGUCUUCUUUGGGCGUCACAACAACAAGGUACUAUCGUAUCAUAUCAAUCAAACACUUUCACUAAUAAAGAGUAUUGUUAAGGAUUUCAAACUUUUAAUUGAGUUCAAUCAAGUGUGAUGAUGUACUCACUCGUGUUGUAACAUACAACUUGUAUGUGUACUGCACAGUGCACACAACUGUCUAGUCAGAACGUGUCGUUACCAGAUUAUCUCUCGUUGCUGGAUGUAACAGUCCAAACACAAAAAGCAACCAAUCUCUCUUUUUCUUCUAUAUAACUUUUAUUCUAAAAGCAAAUAGAAAAGAGAAGUCUUGAUCACAUCAAACAACUUCUACUUUUUAUAUUAACGAAGCAGAUUUCAGUUAAGAACUUCUAAUCUUUUAAAUUACUAUACGUUCAUUAAUUUUUCACAAGACAAUUAAACGGUUUUAAAGAUAAAAACAGACUAACACGCAGUUAACUAUUUAUGUACUCUUUUGAGGUGUCUUCCUACCAUUCAACGAAGCUACAAUUUAUUUUCUGUACUUUUGCGUUACAAUCAGAAGAUUAAUUUAAUUCAUUUGCUCAUGAUGUAAAUUGGAGAGGAAGUACAGUGCAUGUUUAAUUUUUCGCUCGAGAUAUAUAUUAUCUUAUAUUGAAAUUAAGGAAAGGAGUGUGUGUAUAUAUGCAUCCCAUGCAUAUAUGGAUGGAGCAAAAGGAUUAAUUGGGAUCUGUGAAAUUAGUUACACAGAGAGAGAGGAAGCCGAGGGCAAAAGGGUCAUUUGGAAAGCAGAUAUUCUCUGCAACAAGCUACGCAAACAAACAAAGAAGAGACAGCUUAAACCCUUUCAUAAAACCUCUCCCAACCUCUCUCUCUCUCUCUCUCUCUCUCUGUAACUAAUAACUUCGAAAAUGGCAGAGCCACCACCGUCGGCUUUCCACCAGUACGUAAGUCCUCCACCAAAACACCGAUCAUCAUCAUCAUCGAGCAGAAAACACUCCUUCCCCGGAACUCAUCAACACCCCAACAUCCACCGCCUCUUCCCGUGCCAGUACUGUCCACGCAAGUUCUUCACCUCCCAAGCUCUCGGCGGUCACCAGAACGCCCACAAACGUGAACGCGCCGCUGCUCGCCGCAACCUCGGCGUUGUCGCUCAUGCUCCAUCCGUCAUCGAUGACCACGACGACGCCACUUUCUUCCGUUCCUCCUACCCGUGUAACUACUACUACCCUAACCCACCUCAAGGAUCCACUUCGGUUACCGGAUCGGCAUGGAACGUACCGGAUCAACAAACGAUGAUGGUGAUGGGUGGGUACGUCGACCCGUAUCCGUAUCCGUUUGCGUACCCAUUCGGAUUUGCCGGCGAUAUUGGUGGCGUGGAGGAAGAGGAGCCAGAGCUGGAUCUCUCUCUCCGUCUAUGAAGUUAGUUGUUACUUUUUUUCUGUUUUGUCUUGUUCAGGUGACUCUUUUAAGUACAACUUUGGAGCUACGUAGCCGUUUCUAUCUUUCUCUUUUUGUGUUCAUCUCCUACUUUUAAUAUAAACUACCUUUUUGAUAAUGAUCGUUACUAUUUAGUUUAUAAUCGAGCAUGGAUCAGUCUAUAUUUACAUGUUCAACUAAAUACUUCAAAGCGUUGAUGGAUAAUGCAUUUGAAAACAAACAUGAACUUGAUUUGUUUCCGAAAUAUAAAACAUCAAGUUGAAGAUGGACAAACACAUCACUAAUGAUUCGCUUGUUUUACGACCUUGAUUCGGAGACGACGACAGAUUCCGAUUAUGUCUCUAUCGGAAGUUCUACCACCGUCUUCCGAUCUGCUCUCUGCCCGUCUCCAUAAAGUUGGUACGUGUGCGGAAUCCAACAUCUC